AGCUCCCCCUUAGCUGGCCCGCUGGCCUCCACUACUUUAUGACAAACAGCCUACUUUAUCGACGAUGUCAGUGUCGUGGCUGUCUCUGACUUAAUAGGCCUUACAAUUUCAUAUUUAACGGUGCUUAUUAUUUUUUCGUGUGGCCACCAUGGAGCCGUCCGCGCCGAAAAGUAAGCUAAAAAAGCUGAGUGAGGAUAGUUUGACCAAACAGCCAGAGGAAGUGUUUGAUGUUCUGGAGAAACUAGGUGAAGGCUCCUAUGGCAGCGUAUUUAAGGCCAUUCAUAAGGAGUCGGGGCAGGUCGUUGCCAUUAAGCAGGUUCCUGUGGAGUCUGAUCUUCAGGAAAUCAUCAAGGAGAUCUCCAUCAUGCAGCAAUGUGACAGCCCUUAUGUUGUAAAAUACUACGGAAGUUAUUUCAAGAACACAGACCUGUGGAUCGUCAUGGAAUACUGUGGAGCUGGAUCUGUUUCAGACAUUAUCAGGCUCCGAAGCAAAACGCUAACAGAAGAUGAGAUUGCCACCAUCCUGAAGUCAACCCUCAAGGGUCUUGAAUAUCUUCAUUUUAUGAGAAAGAUCCAUCGUGACAUCAAGGCAGGGAACAUCCUUCUCAACACCGAGGGUCAUGCCAAACUGGCUGACUUUGGAGUUGCAGGACAAUUAACGGACACAAUGGCAAAAAGAAACACUGUGAUUGGUACUCCGUUCUGGAUGGCUCCAGAGGUGAUCCAGGAGAUCGGCUACAACUGUGUAGCAGACAUCUGGUCUCUGGGCAUCACAUCCAUAGAAAUGGCAGAGGGUAAACCUCCUUAUGCUGACAUCCACCCUAUGAGAGCGAUAUUUAUGAUCCCCACCAACCCUCCUCCUACGUUUAGGAAGCCAGAGCAUUGGUCGGAUGAAUUCACAGACUUUGUCAAGAAGUGUUUGGUCAAAAACCCUGAGCAGAGAGCAACUGCAACACAGCUUCUACAGCAUCCAUUCAUCAGCCAGGCUAAACCCGUCACAAUCCUUAGAGAUCUGAUAACUGAAGCCAUGGAUAUGAAAGCCAAAAGGCAGCAGGAGCAGCAGAGAGAGCUGGAGGAGGAGGAGGAUAACUCUGAGGAAGAGACAGAGAUGGACUCGCAUACGAUGGUGAAGUCGGGCUCUGAGGGGGCAGGGACCAUGCGGGCCACCAGUACCAUGAGCGAUGGGGCCCAGACCAUGAUUGAACAUGGCAGCACCAUGCUGGAGUCAGAUCUGGGGACUAUGGUCAUUAAUAGUGAUGACGAAGAAGACGAGGUAGACCAGGGUUCAAUGAGAAGGAAUGCCACCCCCCAGCAGCCCAUACGUCCUUCCUUUAUGGACUACUUUGAUAAGCAGCAGGAGAACUACAACCACAAUCAGCCUCCGGAGCAGCCUGGCUACCACAUCCAGUCCAAAAAUGUCUUCCCUGAUAACUGGAAGGUUCCACAGGAUGGAGACUUUGACUUUUUAAAGAACCUGGACUUUGAGGAGCUGCAGCUGCGCCUCAGUGCCUUGGAUCCCAUGAUGGAGCGGGAGAUUGAGGAGCUCAGGCAGCGCUACACUGCCAAGAGGCAACCCAUCCUGGAUGCAAUGGAUGCUAAAAAGCGAAGACAACAGAACUUUUAAGGGCUCCCCCCCCAAACACCUGUUCCUUUCCCAACGCCAGCAACAAACUUCUGCGCCAGCAGGAGAACCAGACCACCAUGUUGUUCUUAUCUAGAUCCUCUCUAUUGUCCUAACCACUAAAUGAAGUGAGAUGCUGCUUCCUAAAUGUCAUCUCUGCUGUUUUCUGGUCAACACUUCUCAGAAUUGUGGGCAAAAAAAAAAGAGAAGUGACCCAGGGGCCAUCUUAAAAAGGAAUUUCCUCUUUCCUCAGAAAACUGGCAGCCAUGUCAUUCAUAGCGUCCACUGGGAGUCACCGUCAGCAUGUAAGGAAGUCAGUCCUCCAGCUGUGGAUGCAGCAGAUUUAAUGAAGUGCUCCCCCUCCCCCACCUCAGUCUUUUUACUUCUAAUGUAAAUAUAACACAGAGCCUAGUUUGGAAAUAACCUCCAUUAGAUGUUGUGGUGGAGGUUCAUCCAUGACCAAAGACAAUCAGAAUUAUGCUGACAGUGAGAAUGCCUUAAAAAAAAAGCGAUGUAAUAAAAGUAAACAGACUGUUCUGAAAACUACAGAAGCUGUAAAGGAAACAAUGUGGUUCAGCUUAUGUAUACUCCACUUGAACCAUGAGAACUCCACAAGCUUUGGUUUUGAAUUCAUUUAAGAUGUUUUGGUUUUCUUUCACCUUCUGCAUUAACAGACUCCAUGUAUCUUAGUGCCUCUUAGGUCAAAUACAAACGCAUCAUUCUUUUAGCUUACAGUGACAUUUACUAUUUAAAAUGAAAAUAAAAAGUUUAGCCAGAGUUGGACGACAUGAAAACAAAAAAACCUUUCCUGACUGUUGUAAAGCUAUUGCUGGUUAAAAAUAUUCUGAAGUUGUUUGUUUUCUAAGAAUCUUCCUCUUUAUAAUCAUGGUUUCAAGGCACCCAAACUAAACGGUUAUGGACCCAGUACGUCCCUCUUUGUCAUUUUGCAUACUUUCCCUGCAGCAAUAAUGCUUCAUCUGUUUUUGUAUUUAUUAUUUUGAUGUCAGUGAAGGAACAUUUUUAAAGACUUUUUAAGCAUGGAACCUGUUUGCACAGAAGCCUUUGGCUCCAUUUCUACAAAAAAAUAAGGUUUCUGUGCUUAAAGAGUCAGAUAUAAAAUAAAUAAUUGCUCAGAAAAUGGAAGCUGCAGUGCAGCAGAGAUUUGUCUUCUGCCGCCAUUAUGACAGAAGGCAGUGAUGCAUCCAUUGUUUAUAAGGGUUCCUCUUAACCCUCAUGCACUAACAAGUAGUAGCACCACUUAAAAAAUAGAGCUAAUGCUAAAUUAUCAAUAUUAGGGAUGCAUCAAUUUAUUGGCUACAGAUCAGAAUGGAUCACCUUUAAAACAAAAUCAAAUUUCUUCCUCGCUCAUUGAAAGCAACAAAACCCAGUAGCUUUGAUACACACUUUAUAAUGAUAUUAUUGUUGCACAAUAUUAAAAAAUUAAUCCAAAUUCUCCUGUUUUCUGCUUGUAAUGAUCUGUUAGCAACUUUUGCCGUUAGGUGAUAUAGCCUGGAGCGACCUAACAGGAUGUUACCAUGUUUCUUUAUGUAUAUGGAAUAUCAUAGCCAUAAAAGAUUUGAUAUUAAUAAUUUUAUUCACUGAUGUGAUGACUCAAACUAUAAAGAACAUUUAAGGCCCUAUAAUGCAUAACUGGUAAUAACGGGAUUCUUUAACUCUGUUGGAUUCCAUUCAAUCUCUAUCAAAGAAGCUGCAUUUUUUUCAUUUUGCUUUGACUAUAUCACCCUGAUUGGUGCAUCUCUAAAAUUUUAUCUUGACUUUUUGAAAAUUUCAAGCUAAACCUUCAAAACGAAAAACGUUUUCAAGUGUUUGAUUCCAUAUAUAAUUGCUGUCUAUGCUUUGAUGGUUGCCUUUUGUUCAGCUUGAGAUUGUCUCCAUUCUUAAUGUCAACAUUGACCCUGACUGAAAAAAAACUGUAAAAGUCCAUCACUUUUAAAUUUUUUCCAGGUUUCUGUUACAUAUGAAUGUGGAUGUCCUUAUUUUAAGUGAACAUCUCUGUUACAACGUCUCACUGACUUAUCUGCACUAAGCAGACAAUUGUUCAACUGUUUGGAUCGGUACUAGAUCAUGUAAACCAUAACUGCAUAAAAAAAAGAAAUGAGAAUCAAGUAAUUUUGAACCUUUUUAAGUUUGCUCUGCUUUGAAUUGCACAGAAAAUGACUCUAUUUCUGUAACAACCUUUAUCAAGUGGGAAAUUUCCGCCACCCUUCCUGGGCCAAACAGCUGUUUUGAUCUGUCUUUCCAACUAUGCAUGUGUAGCUUUGUUUAGGACUCCUU